AUGGAAGGAUUUCUGCUCUUCUUUUCACAGGAGAGCAGUGCGCAGGUGCAAUACUGCGUGUUGGAGUAUGGCAUGCUUUGCUGCUUUGACCAGCCGAGUGGAGUGCUCUUCGAAUCGAUCGAACUUACAAGACAUCGGGUCCGCGUGCAGCUACUUUGUGGUGACGAUGCUGGUUUGUGUCCAAAUCGGUUUGCGGUGCAUGUGUUAGAGGUGAGGAGAAAUGAUCAGGCGGGUGCGUUCGAGUUGGCCGGCAAGCGUGAAAAGACGUUUGUGUUUGCAGCAGCUACUUCCAUGAGUAUGACCAAGUGGGCGAACGCCAUUCACAAUUGGCGACGUCAUGCUUUUGAUAAUCCCACUCGUGGUGCAUUGUCUGUUCACGACGCCAUCACGAGCAACGCAAUGCAAAACCCCGACACUAAACGAAGAGCUGUUUUGCUCGAGAGUCAACGAGCAAAUUUGUUAAACUUGGCGAUUCGUUUCGAUGUGAAGCUUGUCGUUAUUGACAAGACGUAUUCUGGCAAGAUCAGAUUCUGUGGGUUAGUCAAUGGUUUGUCAUCCUCGGCACAUAAAUUAUCAACCGAGAUGAAAAUUUCCCGAGCUCGUUUUGCCAUUAUAUCGUGGCUGCCAGGAAUCUCGUCGCUUCGUACCCGGUAA